GGUGCCCGGCGCGGGCUGGCCAAGGCUGCCUCACCCAGGAAGGCCCAGGGCGGGCUCGGGAGGCCGGAAGGCGUUCCUGGAGGAGAGCGGAAGGGGCGGUGCUCAGGCUUGGUCUGGGCGUGAAGACAGGGAUCCCGCUGCGAGCUUUCUGCGCACGCUCCGACGGCACUUCCCGGCGUGCCCCGCGCUGCAGCCGGAAGGGGCGGGCCGUGUUCUUGCUGCUGGGGCCGCCAUGUCCAGCCUAUGGUGCGCGCUGCUGCUUCGGCGGCUGUGGGUCCGGUUGGCCUGGGGAAGGGCAGCAGCCGGUGGUGCCCGAGCUUGCGGCUCCAAGGCGGCCCCUGACGGCGUCGAGGGCCCGGCGCUCCGUCGCUCCUAUUGGCGCCACCUGAGGCGCCUAGUGCGGGGGCCGCCUGAACCGCCGUUCCUGCACGUGUGCCAGGUCGGGGACCCGGUGCUGCGCGGCGUGGCGGCCCCGGUGGAGCGUGAGCAGCUGGGAGGGCCCGAGCUGCAGCGGCUGGUGCAGCGGCUGGUGCAGGUGAUGCGGCGGCAGCACUGCGUGGGCCUGAGCGCCCCGCAGCUGGGGGUGCCGCGGCAGGUGCUGGCGCUGGAGCUCACCCAGGCGCUGUGUCAGAAGACCCCGCCGCGCCAGCGCGCCCUUCGCCAGAUGGAGCCCUUCCCCCUGCGCGUGUUCGUGAACCCCAGCCUGCGGGUGCUGGACAGCCGCCUGGUCACCUUCCCCGAGGGCUGCGAGAGCGUCGCCGGCUUCCUGGCCUGCGUGCCCCGCUUCCAGGCGGUGGAAAUCUCAGGGCUGAACCCCAAUGGAGAACAGGUGGUGUGGCAGGCAAGCGGGUGGGCAGCCCGAAUCAUCCAGCACGAGAUGGACCACCUUCAGGGCUGCCUCUUCAUUGACAAAAUGGACAGCACGACAUUCACAAACAUCUUUUGGAUGGAGGCAAAUGACUAAAGCUUUUUACUGGGGCUGAGGAUUCCUAAGACCAAGAUGCAAACACUGCCACUUUGAGCUGGUCACAUCUUACUUGGCAUUAACUUGGAUGGCUUGGCCAUGACAGGAAAGUGGACUGCCAAGGCACGCCAGACUGAGCUGGAGGAAGAUGUCAGAAAUGUUUAUCCUGAAAUCGGCUAUGGACGAAGUGUUGCCUACAACUUGAGGAGAAAAAUCACCCCCAAAGGAGUGGACAUUUCCUGACAAUUCUGUUCGGAGAUAGGUGGGGUAACUGCAUUCGUCUGCAGUAGACAUGAGUUCCUUGGACCUUUAUAAUCUCCCAAAGCCAAGGUUUGGUAAUAAUGUAGUCUCCAAAUGCCUGAAAGCUGUCUUUAAAAACGCAGGUAAGCAUGACUGGCCAUUUGUGCCGAGUUCUUAUUUUUACAGAGGGCUUGUGGCUUUGGUUGACCUUGGAUGCCAGUUUGCUUAUAGAAAUAAAACAGGGCAGGAUAGUCCCUGCUUAAGGAAGUGUUUAAUGACAGCAUGAGUGUAAAUAAGUGCCCACGUAUUUUAACAGUCUUGGGCAGGAUUUUGCUGCUGAGAUCUCUAGAGCCCCUGGUUCUUGGUUUAUUCUUGGGGCAGAUGCCAUGGAUCAGGGCUGGGGGCAGGGGUAACAAUUGAGAAGUGGAGUGAGCCCUUCCCUGUUAACAAUUGGGACAGACACAAAAAGCAGAACUAGUACUUUCUGGUCAUAACACUUAUUUUGGAAAAGUGAAUUAACAUCACAUCAACCAAUGUAGGUUUGAGAAAAUGUUGCCAGCACGAUGGUUCACACCUGUUAUUCCAACACUUUGGGAAGCCAAGGCGGGCAGAUCACAAGGUCAGGAGUUCCACACCAGCCUAGCCAACAUGGUGAAACCUGGUCUCUAGUGAAAAUACAAGGCCAGGCAUGGUGGCUCAUGCCUGUAAUCCAAGCACUUUGGAAGCCAAGGUGGGCAGAUCACCUGAGGUCGGGAGUUCAAGACCAGCCUGACCAACAUGGUGAAACCCCGUCUUAAAAAAAAAAAAAAAAGAAAAAGAAAAUACAAAAAAUUAGCUGGGCAUGGUGACACGCUCCUGUAAUCCCAACUACUCAGGAGGCUUGAAGUAGGACAAUUGCUUGAACCCGCGUGGUGGAAGUUGCAGUGAGCUGAGAUUGCGCCACAGCACUCCAGACUGGGCAACACAGCAAGACUCCAUCUCAAAAAAAAAAAGAAAAGUGUCAGCUUUGUCAAGAGGUUAAGGAAUUCCACUUUUAUUCUUUUGCUUUCUUCUUUGCCUCCUGGGUUCAAAUGAUUCUCCUGCCUCAGCCUCCCGAGUAGCUGGGACCACAGGCGCGUGCCACCACACCCGGCUAAUUUUUUUAUUUUUUUGAGAUGGAGUUUCGCUCUACCCAGGCUGGAGUGCAAUGGUGUGAUCUCGGCUCACCACAACCUCCGCCUCCUGGAUUCAAGCAAUUCUCCUACCUCAGCCUCCCAAGUAGCUGGGACUACAGGCUGCGCCACCAUGCCCAGCUAAGUUUUGUAUUUUGAGUAGAGACGGGGUUUCACCAUGUUGACCAGGAUGGUCUCGAUCUCUUGACCUAGUGAUCUACCCGCCUUGGCCUCCCAAAGUGCUGGGAUUAUAGGCGUGCGCCACCGUGCCUGGCCAUUUUUUUUUUUUUUUUUUUUUUUUUUGUACUUUUAGUAGAUACAGGUAUUCACUGUGUUGGCCAGGAUGGUCUUGAUCUCUUGACCUCGUGAUCCGCCUACCUCGGCCUCCCAAAGUCCUGGGAUUACAGGCGUGUGCCACCGCACCCGGUCCUUUUAUUAUUUUUUAAGAUGGAGAUGGGGUCUGUGUUGUCCAGGCUGGUCUCAAAUUCCUGGUCUCAGGCAGUCCUCCUGCCUCAGCCUCCCAGAGUGCUUGGGUCACAGUUGUGAGCCACAGUACCCAGCCAAACUCCAGUUUUAGAUAAAUUGUUUCACCACAUUUUUAUGCUGAAUUUUGUUAAGUAGGACAGAGUCCUUGGCUGGGCGUGGUGGAUCACGCCUGUAAUCCUAGCACUUUGGGAGGCUGAGGUGAGUGGAUCACGAAGUCAAGAGUUCAAGACCAGCCUGGCCAACAUGGUGAGACCCUGUGUUUACUAAAAAUACAAAAUUAGCCAGGCGUGGUGGUGCGCACCUGUAAUCCCAGCUACUCAGGAGGCUGAGGCAGGAGAAUUGUUUGAAUCUGGGAUGCAGAGGAUGCAGUGAGCCGAGAUUGCAUCACUGCACUCCAACCCGGAAGACAGUGAGACUCUGGCUCAAAAAAAAAAAAAAAAAAAAUCAAA